CAACUUUUUCUUGUUGCAAACUUGUAACAUGGUUCGAUUUGUUAUUGUCGGUAAAGUGUGUAUACGUCAACAAAUAUUGUUUACACUUCUCUGCACUCUAAGGUUUUCCUUUCCCUCACUCAAGCUUGCAGACUGCUUCUACCUCCUUUCAAACGAGGAGUCAGCGAUAAUGACAAUGAGCUGGCAGAUGUUUAACUGUAGUCUAGACGAAUAGGUGAUUCCAGACUGUAACUAUACAUAGAAUUCACGUUAAUAUGGACGACAAUCUGAAAUACUGGCUGAAAUGCUUGGAAGAGAACGAAUAUGAUGUGUGCGAUGAGGCGCAGGUAGCAUUAUUAAAUAUUUGCCACAAUUUGCUAAAGUCGCCGGACAAUGAGAAAUUUCGCGAAGUGCAUCUCGACAAUGAAAUCAUCGUACAAAAGAUUCUACCAGCUAUCGGUGCCCUGGAAUGUUUGGUUGAAGUUGGCUACGUCGAGGAUGGUGAGCGUUUAAUUUUUCCACAUAACACGCCCCUCUCGAAAAUCAAAUGUUUGUCGCAAAUGUUGUCUACCAGAUUACAAAAAUCUGUAGCUAAAAGUAAGGAGCCUGUUCAUAAGAAUACAUUCUUUAAAAAAAUUGUUCAGUAUUUCGAUAGUGUUAUGCUUUAUGAGAAUGAGGAGUUGCAGAAACAGGCUAUAAAGUUGAUACCUGUUGAUUCAUUAGAAAUUAAAUCAGUGAGAACAUUCAGAGAAUUGCAAAGGUAUAAUAAGGUAGAUGAUUCAGCAACAUCUACUAUCGUAGAUAUCGAGAAUAAUUUGUCUCUUCAAGACUUUUUCUUAGUUGCAUUCACAAGCUGGUUUAAGCAAGAUUUUUUCAAGUGGGUUGACAGUCCAAUGUGCCCAAUAUGUUCUAUAAAAUGUGUAUACAAAAAUACAGUAGAGUUAGAUACUCCAAGUACUCCAUAUUCAAGAGUAGAAUUAUAUAGAUGUACAAGCUGUAGGAAAAUUGUCGAGUUCCCUCGUUAUUCGCAUCCAAAACCAUUGUUGAGUACAAGAUGUGGUCGUUGUGGCGAAUGGGCCAAUGUAUAUACACUUAUGUGUCGAUCAUUGAAAUAUGACGCACGACUUGUACAUGACGAGACAGAUCAUGCUUGGACAGAGGUAUGGUCGUCGACUCAGAAGAAAUGGAUUCAUGUCGACCCAUGCGAGAACGUGGUGAAUAAACCGUUGAUGUACGAGAAAGGAUGGAACAAGAAGCUGACGUAUAUAAUAGCCUAUUCGAAAGAUGAAGUGCAGGAUGUCACAUGGCGUUACACACAGAAUCCAGAAGCUGUCUUGAAAAGGCGAACAGCAUGCACUGAACAAAAUUUAAUAACAUUAAUUCGAUUUCUUAGCAAUAAACGACAAAGCGUUGUCAGCUAUAGCGCAGCACGUAGAAAAUAUAUCAUUGAUCGAACACUGUGCGAGCUCGCCAGUAUGAUAUAUGUGCCAAACUCGCAAAAUGAGGAUUCUGAUGAGACCUAUCAAGAACGAACUUCGGGUUCUCUCACGUGGAGAUUAGCGCGUGGCGAAUCUACGUUUGUAAACAAGGAUCAGCUGAAUAAAAAUAUAGAGAAGAAUUAUAUUUGGGAUAUCUCCAAAUAUGGGCAAACAUUCGAAUUGCGAUACAACAUCGUUAAGGAUUUAUACCAAGUUGUACAUAACGACGGCACUCCUCUGGAACAAAUAAAUGAGUGGUCAGAAGGGAUAAAUUCAACAUGUGGUGGUGUGUUUCGUAAGGAAGAGGACGACUGGAAAAUUGUUUACUUAGCACGAUCUCAGGGAGCAAAACAUGGACGUGUUACAUGGACUUUUAAAAUUAUGAAUCCCCAAUUAUGUGUACAGACGUUUAACUUGAAAGCUAAGUCAGAAGUAUUUCAUGGGGCUAGUGUAUCUUGGGAAAUUGAAGCUAUUUUUAAUGACAACAAAACUAUUGUGAUACCUAUUGAGCACUGUAGCAGUUUUCAUACAAAAGAAGUUGAAAAGGCUAUGAGAUUAAAUUUAAGUGCAACAUUAUCUGGUGGAAAAAAUGACAUUGCUUGGCAACAUGCUCAAAUUUUCCGACAAGCUAUAGAAGACACAGAAGAACCAUCUAUGAUAAUUACUAUUCAACUAAAAAAUCAAUGUGUAUAAUUCCUACUAGCUAUAUACCCUACUUUUAACAACUAAAUCUUUAAAAUAUAAUUACUUGAGAAGAUUAUUUGUAUUAUAUAAAUAUAUAGUAAUUUUGUUUAUUCUUUA